AUGUUGGAUUUCAUGGAGAAUGUGCAAAAUGCAUUCUACGAAGCUUCACACUGGAAUUUGGACAAUUCCUAUGGUGCGCUGAACACUACGGCACGAGAACUGCUUGACUUUAAGAUACCACAAGGUCUUCGAUUACAGAUCUCGUCUCUCGCUGCGCCAAACUUUGCGACUUCGUACACGCUGGGAAGUGUAGGUGUGGUAGAUGGCUCAGUGUCCUACCUCUACUCGUCGCUGCCGUUGAGGAAGGAGUUCAAGAGCUCCCACAUUGACCUCAAGAAUGUCAUACGAGGCUACAAGCAUGUGCAGGAGCUGAGACGGCCCGACGAGAACUGGUGGUGGGAGCUCUGGCAUGCUGGAAAGCGGGUUGAUCGCAAGAACACACUGCUGUACGGACGGGUGUUCCUUCCUCAAUCGAGACUCGAAGCCCUGUACUUGCGCCGCCUCACACCCACUCGACAGCUCCGCAUCGCCGCCGUUAGCGAUUCAAACCUCAACAAUGGGGGCACGAUCCUUGCCCUGCUGCAGAACGAUGUGGGCAAGUACAGCACAGAGUACAUGUACAGCACGGACUCUGCGCUGAUGGGCGUGCGAGGUCUCUAUAAUUUCGGCGCAGAUCCAAGGAAUGCGCCAACAGAACCGACAUCCGUCGAUCAAGUGGAACCGGUGCAUGGUCGCUUCAGCGCAGGCGCGGAGCUAUACUAUGGCUUGUUGAACAAGAGUGGAGGUAUCAGCACCGGCUUACGGUUCACGACACUGCCCAACCACCCGGGCUUUCCGUAUACCAUGACGCUUACGCUGAAUCCAUUGAUGGGCAAUCUUUCCUCUACCUACGCGGUCAAGGCUGGAUCUAGUCUGGCUCUCUGUUCUCGUUUCGACUUCAACUUCUACUCAUACGAGAGCGAGUUGCAGCUUGGUUGCGAGUUAUGGCGGCAACGCAGUACCACAGAUGUUGAAUGGGCGGUAAAGAAGCUGCGCCCAGGUUGGAAGCAGCGCACCAUUUUUCCCGAUGACGAUGUUUCUGGCGUGUUGAAGGCCAAGGUCGACCAGGAUUGGCGCGUGGGAGUGCUGUGGGAAGGCAGGAUUAAAGAGCUGCUCUUCACACUUGGCGCCAGCCUGGACUUGAAGAAGAGGGACCAGAUCUUCCGAUCCGUAGGCAUCGAGCUGCAGUACUCUUCAUGA